CCUCCCAAUCUUCAUCAAGAAAUCAGCAACAAUCAAAUUUGCACACAAACAAGGCUUUAAAUAACCUGUUACAGAGACUUCCCUUUCCACAUUCAAGUUUUGAGUUCCGGAGGGAUUGUUACUGUAAUUUUCUUAAUCGAAGAUGAGGAUCGUAACAGCGAGGAGCCCUUCUAUUUCUCCUCCCGCAUCGCCUUCUUCUGAGAUUAAAGGCCAUGGCAAUGGCGAUGCAGAUGCAGGGUCCUCCAAGAGAUGGGGAAGCGUGCUCGCCUUCCCUUCAUCAAAAAGGGUGCAGAGACCUCCAUAUUCACAUUCUGCUCAUCACUCUCAUUCUCGCAAUGCCAAGUCCAAGCAAUUAGUUUGGGCGAGGGUAUCAGACAGAACUCCCAAUGCCCACAACCUUAGUUGCGAGGAUCUCGAGGUCUCUGCUACUGCUGUCAAAAGAGUUGUUAUUGAUGAGUUCCCAGAUGACAAAGAUCUACCUGACUGUGAGGGUUCUGAGAUGGAUUGCGAUGAAGAUAGCAGUGCUGAUGGUUCAGGGCCACAAAUUGUGGAUGUCUCCCAUAAAUUUGCCAUUAAAGGCUUGCCUGCUGCUGCAAAGGUUAAGCUUCAAGAAACAGAUCAACACAAGCUAAGCCAAAGGCAGAAACAGAUUGACUAUGGGAAGAACACUCUUGGUUAUGAGCGGUACCUAGAGCUUGUACCUAGGAACAAACGUCUCAAGAAUGACCCUCAUACACCCGAGAUUAAACAAGUGUGCAGCAAGAGGAGUUGGGAUGGGCAGGUAAAAAAGUGGCGGCGGCGCCUUCAUGAAUUUGAUCCUCCUGUCUCUGAGGAUGAUGUGAGCCCUCAACUGUUUCCUGUUGGUGGGCGUUCUGACACUACUGAUCAAGGCAAAGAGAAUGCCACCACAGAAGUGACUGUUUCUGAAAGCACUCCCACUUCAGAGGCUGCAAGUUUGUCAAUCUAUCAAGAUUGGGAUGAAAUGGAGCCAUGAUCCACCCAACUCCUCUUCACAUGUUUGUUUGAUAAACUUAACCAUCAACAAAGAGUAGAGUCCUAACUUACUACCAGCGUUUUGGCCUGGUUUUUACAGAGGAUUUUCUGAAUCCAAAGAAUUACAUGACCAUAGGAUUUUUCCUACAACUUUACCGGCUUGCUCUGGAGCUUGAUCUUAUCUCUGUGGGCUAAUAAAUAUAUUUCAAUAUAAUGGGGUGUUGGUGAGAUCCAGUUGUUAAUGAAGCAAGAAUUGUGAUUACUGUGUUGCUCUUUUGCACAAAUUAUUUCAUCAACAGUAGAUGAAUUGUUAGUUUGUGCACUCGUCACAAGUUUUUGGAUUUUGAAGCUCUUGUUGUUGAUCCUCGUCCAUUUCACUUUAGAUUUCUCUUUGAAAUCAAUUAUGUAUAUCUUUUAACUCUGUUGGCCUCUUAUAAAAUCGAUGCCAACUUCAGUUCGUAUGUUUGGGACACAAGGCUGAUGAAUUUAAAAAAAGAUAUUUCAAUCA